CAGGCUCUGAAAAAUUCAAAUCACUGCAAAUUAACUUAGGCAGCGCCAAACCCGAAGAAUAGUGCCACAGAGACAAACCAACUGUCAAAGUAAGCAUUGCUUGAUAAGUUCACGAAUCUAUUGAUCGCUACAAUUCCAAACUCGGUUAAAGAAUGAAAGACGCUUUUAUCAGGAGAGUGAUAAUGUCGCAACUAUUGAUCUUUUCCUUAAUAAUAGCUCGAACGUUCUAUUGUGUAUGGAGGUUUCAACGAAAUCUGUGAGAGGUAAUUACCAUACAGUACAAAAAUAGUCUCUUGAUUCAAAUCACUGCGCAAUAAUUCAGGCUACGCCAAAACUGAACAUCAACGCUACCGAGACGACCAACCUGCCAAGGUAAGCCUUGCUUGAUAAGUUCAUGAAUUUAGGGAUGGCUACAAUUCCAAACUCGGUAACAGAAUUGUGUUAAUGUUUUCAAGAAGGUGAUCCUGUUAAGUACAGAAAAAAAAAAUGACGCGAUUUUUCAUGCAACAGGAGUUGCAUCUGGUGAUCUUUUCGUUAAUACCUCUCACACUCUGUCGAUGAAUUGUUGGUCGGGGUUUCUAAGAUUUUGAGGUUCAUGUGACAAACUAUUUUGGAAAUUCAAGGAUUUGAACGUCGAUAUGUUUCAAGGUGUUAAUGCGGAAUGAUCUUUCGGAGUGAGCAUGAGUUCAAUUCUUAUUAGGCGCGGUAGUCAAUACCUCUCAACUGUCACAAGCUCACGUAGGACGUUUUAACUGACAAUACAGUCGAUAGAGGUAAAAGCCGAAGUAAGAAAUUUCGAAACCAUUUCCCGUACAAUUCUAGCCCUAUUGCCAUAAAUAUUCUUUCUUUUUCGUUCUGAAAUCAUCUUGGCGCGACUGAUUUAACGUUUGUUUUAUGUUAAUUCAUCAAGGGGGUACUUAAUUGGGCGGCAAUCUGAAAUCUUUGAUCUGUUGUAACAAAAGUAUUCAUGAAACAUCACGAAGGGGUUGGACAUUUAUGAGUUUUGAUACUGUAAGAAAGAGUUAUUAAAACCGCAGCAAAAGGCAAUGUGCAAAUAGAAUACUGUCACUGCAGUGGGUUCAACAUUCAUAUUUCGUGCACACACAACUAAUAAAAGUAAUAAAAGCAUACUACAUCCCUGCAAGAGUUGUGGAUAAAGUCUGCUGAGUUUUCAGAUUUAGUAGUUACUUACCCAAAAUCCUUUUUUAUUUUAUUAAACGCAACUCUCGCUGCAAAUUUUCUUUGGCAUGUUAACAAUUUCUUUCUGCUAAAAUGAGCAGAGGUGGGUCAAACAUGGUUGUCAAGGCUCAGUGGUUAUUAAUUGUAGAAAGGCCCUCUGAAAUAGACAAGUCAAGGGCGACGCAAAACCUGAAGCAAAGGGCAAUGAGAGAUUACUUCACUGGAAUACCGCAUGAAAAACUGUGCACUGCAACCCAUUUAAAACAUUUCUUUAAUAGCGUAUUGCAAUCUUUUCUGAAAUGUGAACUGCUGCAGCAUUGUGUACAUAGAUACAUCGUUCACGAAUUGUCUUCCAUUUAUUUAUUCAUUUCUCGCGAACAAACAACCGAAAUGAAUUUCCAUAACAAAUGCAAAGGUCAGAUAAUACAAAAAUAAGGGGCGUGUGAGCAUAAUUUUACGGCUGAAUUAAAACUUUUAAUAGUUCGAAGUCAGUUGGCUCGUUAUGGGCUUAGUGAUGACUGCUUAAACAGAUUGAUGGAUCGACGAGACAGGUUGUGUCCUCUUUUGUCUCCCUAUUCGGUAAAAUUUCCGCACAGCCCCAUACUACAUUAUGCAUUCAAUUCUUGGACAGAGAAAACAAUGACAAAAACAAUACAUUGCCAUUGGGAAAACAGAUUUGUUUUACAAUAGUAUGGGGCUGUGAGGAAAUUUUACCCCCUAUUCAGCCCCUCACACGAAUCAGUGUCGAUUUUGGUUUACUCGCCCGCCACGGUCGAAAACUCCCUCUUGAGACCACAAGAUGAAAGGAAUAUGGGAAAAUACGAAAAUAGAUGACCUUUUGCCACGUUUCCAAAUGAGGCCUGAUGCUCAACCAUUCGUAUGAAAAUUAGCAGGUAAUUUAGUGUUAACAACUGAGUUGAAAAUGUAAAUUAGCCACCGUAAGGGUAAAAAAGCUGACGUUUCGAGCGUUAGCCCUUCGUCAUCGCUCUGACGAAGGGCUAACGCUCGAAACGUCAGCUUUUUUACCCUUACGGUGGCUAAUUUACGUUUUCAACUCAGUUGUUAACACUAAAUUACCUGCUAUACUCUCCCACCGACGCAGCACCACAGUUUCUUUAGAAACUUACCCCUUUAUUCGUAUGAAAAUUAGUUCAUUUGCAUGUGCAUGCAAACUUAUAACCACAUGAAAGGAUGAUUUGAAAAUCAGGCCAAAGGUAAUUGGGAAAUGGCAUAUUAGUCUACAGUUAUGUAUCAUACAAGCAACUGUUUAAAGAUCAUUCUUUUAUUUCUCUUAAAAUCCACUCAACUCCAGGUUUAACGAACUCAAGCAAGAACAAUGUAUCUGAAAACCUGCCUGCUCAUUCUGCUCUGUCUUGGUCUCAUACAGGCGAGAGGUAACGUUUUCACUUAAUUGUUAUUUACAGCUUCCCAAUUUAUUUUCCUUUUAUCUAUUGGGAGAGGAAUGCUCCGAUUUUGUAUAACAAGUUUGCUACUUUAUUCUUUCAUGCACGUUCAGUGUACAGGAAGAUUCCAAAAUUGUUUCGCAAGGGCCCGGCAGAGGAAUUACAAGUGAGAGGUAGGCAUAGUUCGUGGUCUUCUAGUCUCAGAAAACUGCGGUUCACUUUAUUAGCUAAACACUUCGUGUGUUUCUCCUACCUAAAAGCUGGAAAUUUCCUGGAUUCCCUAAUAUAUUUUCUGUAAUAUUUUAGGUGUACCAUUAAGAAGGUUUGCAUCAGAACUUUCUCGAAAGCACCUCAAUUGUGAUUAUCUUUUGUUCGAAAGCAACGUUUUCCUCAUUGUUCAAUUUCUGUUCCCCUAACUACAGAGGUUUUGAAGUGUUACUCCUGCCAUGGAAGUAACGCAGACACCUGCGCCAAAAAGGAAAAAGUGUGCAAACAAGAUUAUGUCUGCAUGAAAGCAGAAAUACCAGGCUACGCGUAUAUACUUCAGUGCGCAAGCCCGGCGUAUUAUGAGCAAUCAGUAAAGGAUUGUUCGGAUGGUACCUGUGACGUGACGAAGUGUGAGACGUCUUUGUGUAAUGAAUAAAGAGAGACACCACGAUAAGUCACCAUGAUUAAGGUGGAAAAAUAGAUCUUUGGUUUCUCAUCUUCUGGGCUCAUUUCUGAGGAUUUCUCUUCACGCACCAUUUACAUGUUACAUUUAACACGAGCGUUUUGCAAGAAAAUAUUAGGCACAUUUGUAAACAGUAAAUCAAAUGUUUUUCAAGUCAAUAAAGCACCAAGAAAUGUUUGAGGUCGAAGAGCUCAUUUGAAGCCAUUAUCUCAUGAAGCAAAAAGUUACAAAUAAGUCCAACUCAGUCCAGUCUAAGCUUUAAUUUUUAGACCGGGGAUAGAAUUUUUCUCCUGUGGUCAUUGUUUUGUGGCCACAUCAUCCUCCAUUCGAGUUAUUGCACCCUUUUUUGUGUACAAAGUUUUCCCUUUAAAUUGGAGAAAUUACAAAUAAACAAACCUCCAGCAAAGAAAGCAAUUCAGGGUCAUUCAGGUCAAAUUUCGUCAAAGACUAUAUUAUAGAGUUCCUGAUCCUCUUGAUUAACCUGAAGACGAGAGCAGCGCAAUGAAGAGUGGAGUCGGGAGACAAAGGGGCACAAAAGUACGGGAGGCGGGAGAACGUGUUACGAGAGACUCUAAGUAAGCAAGAACAAUGUAUCUGAAAAUCUGCUUGCUCAUUCUUACUCUGUCUUGGUCCCAUACAAGCGAGAGGAAAUUUUUUAGUCAAUAUGUAAAGUGAUUGUGAUUGUUAAACCACGAUCGAGGUUAUUGGGAUGUUUUAUUUGAAUUAUUGGAAGAAGAUAAAUAAAGAACUUUCAUAGACGAG